AUGGAGCGCGCUCAUGAGGAGGCCGCCCAUGAGGAGGCCAGAUCAGCGACGCACCCCCACACUUCUCUCCCCGCAGAUACCGAAUUCCUCCCCACUGAACACGAGCAUGAGGAUGACAAUGAAAGCCCAACCGAAGAAAUAGACACUCAGUUCUUGCCUACAGAUUCUGGAUCUGAUGUCUCCCCCAAGACACGACCUAUCUCCGGCGUUGUUCCACCAUAUUGGCAACGACAUGAGCGCAACGCUUCUCGUGCAUCACAGAGCUCGUUGGCACGGUCAACAAUGAUCACAUUGGAGGAUAAUACGGUGGACCCAGAGUCCGAGACUACAAGGGGUCUUUGGGCGCAGAGUGUGUCGAUUGAGGAUCAUGUAGUUGUGCAGGGAAAGACAGGGGUUGGGGCAUACGUGGUAUGGAACUGCAAAAUUCAGACAUUGGAUGGAGGUCCAAUGGUUGUUCGCAUGAGAUACUCUGAGUUUGAUGAAUUGCGACAACGCCUUGUUUCUUCCUUUCCACAUGCAAAGAAUUACACUGUCGCUGACGAAGACUAUGAAGACAAAUUCCGGCCCAAUUUUCUUGAGAAUCGACGAGUUGGCUUGGAAUAUUUCCUCAAUUGUGUUCUUCUCAACCCUGAGUUCUCGAGCUCACCUAUCGUCAAAGACUUUCUUUUUGGCCGACUUUCAUAA